CAAGCGCGCAGACGACAGCAUAGACAGGCACGUAGGCGCGCGCGGCAGCAGCUUCCCUCCCGCCUCCUCUCCUAACCUCCUCCCCUUGUUUCAUGCAGACCUUCUUCGCUGCCGCGAAUUAAUCGGCAACCAAAAUUAUUAACCAGCAGUAGACUACUUACUGAUCAAUCAGCAGCUAUAGCAGCGAGGGCCAUGGAGGCGGUGACGGUGGCGGCGCAGGCGAGGGAGCGGCUCCGGGCGAGCUUCGCGUCGGGGAGGACGCGGCCGGCGGCGUGGCGGGCGGCGCAGCUGCGCGGGCUGCUGCGGAUGGCGGUGGAGAUGGAGGCAGAGAUCUGCGCCGCGCUCCGCGCCGACCUCGCCAAGCCUCGCACCGAGUCCUACGUCCACGAGAUAUCGCUGGUCACCUCGUCCUGCAAGUUUGCACUCAAGAAUCUACAGAAAUGGAUGAAACCCAAGAAGGUCCCCGCCGGCUUGCUCACGUUCCCGUCGACAGCAAGGGUCACCGCGGAGCCGCUCGGCGUCGUGCUUGUCAUCUCGGCCUGGAACUACCCUUUCCUGCUGGCAAUUGACCCGGUCAUCGGUGCGAUCGCCGCCGGCAACGCCGUGGUGCUGAAGCCGUCGGAGAUUGCGCCGGCCACCUCUUCGCUGCUGGCCGACCUGCUGCCACAGUACGUGGACAGCUCAUGCAUCAAGGUCGUCGAGGGUGGCGUCGCAGAGACCACCGCGCUGCUGGAACAGAAGUGGGAUAAGAUCUUCUACACAGGUAACAGCAAGGUAGGGCUCAUCGUGAUGUCCUUUGCGGCGAAGCAUCUGACACCGGUGGUCUUGGAGCUCGGUGGAAAAUGCCCUGUAGUUGUCGAUUCCAACGUCGAUCUCCAUGUUACUGCUAAGAGGAUCGCUGCCGGCAAGUGGGGUUGCAACAAUGGCCAAGCUUGCAUCUCACCGGAUUACAUCAUAACCACAAAGUCAUUUGCACCUAAGCUGCUGGAUUCCUUGAGCAAAGUCUUGGAGAAGUUCUACGGUAAGGACCCGCUGCGGUCAGCGGAUUUGUCGCGCAUCGUGAACUCCAACCAUUUCAAUAGAUUGAAGGCGCUCAUGGACGAGGAGAUGGUCUACGACAAGAUCGUCUUCGGUGGCCAGAGUGAUGAACAGCAGCUCAAGAUCGCCCCAACAUUGUUGCUGGAUCCUCCACUUGAUUCGGCGAUCAUGAAGGAGGAAGUUUUCGGGCCCUUGCUUCCCAUAAUCACGGUUGACAAGAUCCAUGAGAGCUUUGCUCUGAUCAACUCCAUGAGCAAGCCACUGGCAGCCUACCUCUUCAGCAAGGACAGCAAGCUCAAGCACCAGUUUGAGAGAAACGUUUCUGCAGGAGGGAUGGUAUUCAACGACACCAGCAUCCACCUCACAAAUCAGCACCUGCCGUUCGGAGGAGUUGGGGAGAGCGGCGUGGGCUCCUACCAUGGCACCUUCAGCUUUGACGCCUUCGCCCACAAGAAGGCCGUCCUGGACCGAAGCUUCCUCGGCGAGGCGAAGGCCAGGUACCCACCAUACACGCCGGGGAAGCUGAAGAUCCUCAAGGGUGUGCUGAAGGGGAACCCACUGGCCAUGGUUCAGGCUGCUGUAGGGUGUACAGGAGGAGCAUGAAUGAGUUCAUCUCUUCAGAACAGCAGCAUAUUUACCGCAUACACAAUAGUAUAUAUGUAUCUAUACAACGUGUUUUCAAAAUAUAUAACAUUUCAGUGCAAGUAUGAAGGAUUUGCAAAUGCAAAUCGAGAAAUGAUUGAUGGAUUGUGCAAGAUUGUAAGGACAAAAAAUGCGUCGAAGAAAUGGCGCUGCUGUCGUGUUGCUCACAAUGGUCUGCUAUGUACCUAUGUUACUACUUACUAGAAUCAAAAGCAUCA